CACACACACAGCGGCUCGGAUGUGACUGCCAAGUGUCAUCAACCUGCAGGUAGCCCGACCUCAGCUCACCGCAUCGCCGCCUCGACACUGACUGAAUCCCGCCCCGGGGAGGAGAGAGAGAGGAGGAAGAGGAGGGGGAGAGCCUGGUUUCCCCGUCAACAGUGAUCUGAACAGCGGGGAAGCUCAGAGUCGGGAUCCGCUACGUCAAACAGAUUAGUCAAAUAACCUCUCUGGGUAGGACAUACCUCUCCUGCUCGGGCUUGCCUGGCUGCAUGCAUGCAUGGGCUGAGGAAGCAAGGUAGUCUGACACAUAGCCAGGAAACCCUUGGCGAAAUACAGAAGUGCACUACUUUUCUUUUUUGUUUUUUUGUUUUUGCUGUGUCUGAGUGAGACGACUGUUGUGAUCCUCCAGCAGCGUCUCUUCUUCUCCUCCUUCUCCUUCUCUCCGCACCCCUGGUGCGAAAUGGCGAAAGAAAACGGCGAGUCCAGCGAUGGAUCUUGGAAAAAGCUUGUCGAUGAUAUCAAGAAGAUAUUUGACUUCAAGGAAGUCCUUGGGACCGGAGCGUUUUCUGAAGUGGUGAUGGGUCGGGAGAAGGCCACAGGAAAGAUGGUGGCGAUCAAGUGCAUCCCGAAAAAGGCGCUGAAGGGAAAGGAGACAAGUAUCGAGAAUGAAAUCGCCGUGCUCAGGAAGAUAAAGCAUGAGAACAUUGUGGCUCUGGAGGACAUCUACGAGAGCUCAAACCAUCUGUACCUCAUAAUGCAGCUGGUGUCUGGAGGCGAGCUGUUUGACCGCAUCGUGGAGAAAGGUUUCUACACAGAGAUGGAUGCCAGUCGACUCAUUCGGCAGGUUUUGGAUGCAGUCAACUAUCUGCACUCUAUGGGCAUAGUGCACAGAGACCUAAAGCCGGAGAACCUGCUGUACUUCAGUCCCCAUGAUGAAUCCAAAAUCAUGAUCAGUGACUUUGGCUUGUCAAAGAUGGAGGGAACGGGUGACGUGAUGGCCACCGCCUGUGGGACUCCAGGAUACGUUGCUCCUGAGGUUUUGGCUCAGAAGCCCUACAGUAAAGCUGUGGACUGUUGGUCUAUUGGGGUCAUCGCUUAUAUUCUGCUGUGUGGUUACCCUCCUUUCUAUGACGAGAAUGAUUCGAAGCUCUUUGAGCAGAUUCUCAAGGCCGACUAUGAGUUCGACGCACCGUAUUGGGAUGACAUAUCAGACUCCGCCAAAGACUUCAUCAGCCACCUAAUGGAGAAGGACCCAGAGAAGAGAUUCAUAUGUGACCAGGCUCUUGAGCACCCUUGGAUUGCCGGAGACACUGCUCUCUGCAAGAACAUACACGAAUCAGUCAGUCGACAGAUGCGGAAAAACUUUGCCAAAAGCAAAUGGAGGCAAGCCUUCAAUGCCACGGCUGUAAUCCGCCACAUGAGGCGUCUGCAGCUGGGCACCAGCUUUGGCAGCAGCAUUCACAACACCGUGUCCAGCCCUCAGAGUCGUGCUCCAGCCAAGAGCCAGUCUGUGGACUGCGCCCCGCUCUCCCCGAAGGACUGUCCCCCAAUAGAACCUUUGCCCUCUGCAGUUAAAGUGUUCAACCAGGACUCUGACGCCCCUUCUGCUGCACUGGAGGAACCAUCCGUGGUGGCCGAGCCAUCGCGCCCGCGGCCCUCCACCGUUACGGUCAUCCACACUGGGACUAAAUGACGCCAGGUUCCGCGGGAGGUGAGCUGGGAGACCACAGAGCUUUGAGACGGGGAAACAACCUUCCCCAGGCCUCAACGUCGUCGCCCAGUUUGCUCAUCCCGCAACCUCCCAUCUGUUUCUGCCAACCACGGGAGGAAUUUAAGGAGCGUUGGCUCAGCCCGGCACCCCCCGCUGCUUCCCUUCCCACUCUCAUACAGACCUGGAAGGACAGAGGGGAAGAUGCUCACCAGAAGUUGUUAUUGUGGGAGCCAUACUCAGCCUGGAUCAUGGUUGCCUGGCAGAUAAACAGGCAGCUGGGGAAGUGCCACACUAAAGGGAACUCUUUAUUGACGCUGCUAUCAGUUUUGACUGCGAGUGUCUCGAGAAAAGGACGCUGAGCUGUAUGCCUUGUGUAAAUAUCCUGCCUGGAAAUGUUGAAUGGUGUCAUGUUAUGCAAGUGAAAUAUAGGCUUCAAGCUGUGGUAAAUAAUUGUGACAUCAUCUGAACUCUGAACUUCUUCUUGUCGUUUUGACAGCUCUUGUUAAUUUGCUGUAGUGUUUUCUCUUUGCUUUAAA